AUGAAUCAAAUGGACAAAAACGUCACUGGAAAAAUAACUCUUCUCGAGGAAUUGAAUAAAUCGAAAGAGGAAGCAAUAAACGCAAUUAAGGAAUUUGUAAAUGAAAUCUACACAAUUCUUAAACGUCUGGAAAAAGAAUCGAUUCUUGAAGUUGAAGAAAUAUUUCGAGAAAUGGAGUCAGUAUUUGAGCAGGAAAGGAGAGAUGCUGAAACAGAAAUGUUAAAUAUGAAACCUUCAGAGAAUGGCCCACAAAUUUCAGAAGAGCUUUCUAACGAUGUGAAAAUUGGGUCCGAUUGUAAAUUCACACGCGAAUAUAUGGUAAAUGCACGCAAGUCAUCGUCUCAAGCAAAGAUAAUCUUUAACGAAGACAGUAAUAUACGAGAGACAUUGUGCCAGUUUAAAUCGCUUGGAACUGUGUUGACAACGAAAUCAAGACCAAGUGCUUACUCUGUAUCAGGCAUUAAAGAUAUAAACAUAAGAUUAUCGAGUGACUUUGGUACUUGUAACGUAAGUGACGCAUGCCUUGUUGGACCAAAUGCGUUACUUUUAGUUGAUAACGCUAAUAAAAAGCUGAAACGUAUGAAUAUUGUUUCAGAAUCUAUCUUAGACCAGUGUGACAUGCGUGCGCAUCCAUACUGUGCUUGUGCAAUUUCUAAACAGGAAGUAGCAGUAACUUUAAGUAAUAAUACGAUCCAGUUUAUGUCGCUAGGCAACACGAUGAGUCCAACUCGCCAAUUAAAUUUCAGCCAUUGUUGUUAUGGAAUUGCAUACAAAGAUGAUAAACUAUUCAUAUCUGACAGCAGUUGUUCUCUCUAUGUUCACGAUAUGACAGGACAAUUGGUACAGACAAUAUUCCAGGACACUUUUGGGAAUAAUCUUUUUGAGUAUUGCAGACAAAUUGUUAUCAGUGACAAAGGGGAUGAAAUUUUUGUAUCUGAUCGAACGAACAGACUAAGAAUUUUUGACCUCGAAGGAAAACACAUUGAUACGUUCGUUGAUUUGAAUAUGGAUCAAGUUAAUGGAGUUAGUACUGACGGAAGAGGGAACGUAUUUGCAUGCGGGUAUGCAUCACGUAACGUUAUACAAAUAGGACAUAACUUAAGGAAGAAAAUGAUAAUCGCCAAACCUUCAGAUGGACUUGUAAAUCCAUAUUCACUUUGUUUUGCUCCGAGUCAAUGUGUGCUAUUCGUCACUCAAGGCAACAGUGACAGAGUAAAAGCUUUUCAGUUGAAAUGA